ACAAAGAACUUUAUAUUAAAUAUUGAAACGAAUUUAUUAUAUAAACACACCAAUUUUUCUUAACAUAAAAUUUUCAUUCUUAAAAGUGUAUAAAUCUAUUAAAAACAUUAAUAACGAAAAUGGCUUUUAUUAACAAAUCCAACACUGAAACUCUUGCCAAAUACCUUUCUCUUGAUCAAUGUGGUAAAAUUCAAGCUGAAUACAUUUGGAUUGAUGGAGAUGGCGGAUUACGUGGAAAAACAACCACUCUCGAUUUCAAACCAACCGAUGUAUCUGAAUUAAAAGAAUGGAAUUUUGAUGGUUCUUCAACCAAUCAAGCUCCGGGCCAUGACUCUGAUAUUUUACUUCGUCCUGCUUCGAUAUUUAAAGAUCCUUUUCGUGGGGGUGAUAAUAUCAUAGUUCUCGCUGAAUGUUAUAACAAUGAUGGCACUCCAAACCGAACAAAUUAUCGCCAUUCUUGUGCUAAAAUUAUGGAAACUCACGCCGAUGCCGUACCUUGGUUUGGUAUUGAACAAGAAUAUACUUUAUUAGAUGCGGAUGGUCAAGUACUUGGAUGGCCAAAAGGUGGUUUUCCAGGUCCUCAAGGUCCUUAUUAUUGUUCUGUUGGAGCCAAUGUAGCUUUUGGACGUGAUAUCGUUGAAGCUCAUUAUCGUGCUUGUCUUUAUGCCGGUGUAAAUAUUUCCGGUGUCAAUGCUGAAGUCAUGCCUGGUCAAUGGGAAUUUCAAGUUGGUCCUUGUACGGGUAUUGAUAUGGGGGAUCAUCUUUGGGUAGCUCGAUACCUUCUUCAACGUGUAGCAGAAGAUUUCGGUGUAGUAGUCACCUUCCAUCCCAAACCAAUCAAAGGAGAUUGGAAUGGUGCAGGAUGCCACACCAAUUAUUCAACAAAAGCAAUGAGAGAAGAAGGUGGAAUAAAAGCUAUUAAUGAAGCAAUUGAAAGAAUUGGUAAACGCCAUGCAGAACACAUUGCUGUAUAUGGUGAAGAUAAUGAUCAACGUCUUACAGGACGUCAUGAAACUGGUCACAUCUCGACAUUCUCAUCUGGUGUUGCUAAUCGUGGUGCUUCAAUUAGAAUUCCUAGACACGUUGCUGCUGAAGGUCGUGGUUACUUUGAAGACCGUAGACCAGCUUCCAACAUUGAUCCUUAUCGUGUCACCGAGAUCAUCGUUGAAUCUUCUCUUGGUUAAAUAUAAUUCCCUUUUUUUCUUUCUCUAAUUUAGGAGUUUUAUGUAAUAUACAGCUUUUGUGAUUGUAUUAUUAUAUGUUUAUACAUAAUUUAUAUCCAUCAUCCUUUUUCAUUAUAUGGCAAUUCGAAACAAUAUUAUUAUUGCAUUUUUUUUAUCUACAUUUACACGUAAAAAUACCCUUGAUAAUUAACGCAUUAUUGUUCAAUGUAAAAUAAAAUAAUUAAUAAAA